AACGGUGGUGAGUAUUUAUCAGUUUACAUCGAUCGUUCUAAGCAUUCUCAACUGCGUUAUUCAUCGUGUAUCAUUCUGAAAUAGGCAUAUAUCAAGGUACUUUACUCACAGCGAAAACAAGAUGGUGAAGAUUAUGUUACAAGUCGCUUUACUCGUAUUGACCACUCUAGUGGCCAUUACUUUUGCCGAACACGACGCUACAUCUUACGCGUUUUAUCAUCCAAAAUUCGAGAACACCCAUCACGACGGACACGACCAUUACGCGCCACCCCAUUACACGUACAAGUACGGCGUCAAAGACCCUCACACAGGUGACCACAAACACCAGUCGGAGCACCGCGAGGGAGACGUAGUGCACGGAGAGUACAGCGUCGUGGAGCCGGACGGUCGAGUCCGCAAAGUGACUUACACGGCAGACAAGCACAACGGCUUCAACGCUCACGUCCAUCACGUGCACCACGCCCACCACCCUCAACACUACGGACAUCACGAAGAGGAAUGAUUGUCGUCGAUGGAUUGAUCAUAUUAAUAUUAAUAAUAUAAGUAGCU